GCGGGCAAGCGGGCGGCAUGGCGGCGGCGGAGCCCGUGGCGGGGCCGACGGGGCCGGAGCCCAUGCCCAGCUACGCGCAGCUAGUGCGGCGCGGCUGGGGCAGUGCGCUGGCGGCGGCGAGGGGCUGCACGGACUGCGGCUGGGGGCUGGCGCGCCGCGGCCUGGCUGAGCACGCGCACCUGGCGCCGCCCGAGCUGCUGCUGCUGGCGCUCGGCGCGCUGGGCUGGACCGCGCUGCGCUCCGCGGCCACCGCGCGCCUCUUUCGGCCCCUGGCGAAGCGGUGCCGCCUCCAGCCCAGAGAUGCCGCCAAGAUGCCCGAGAGCGCUUGGAAGUUUCUCUUCUACCUGGGCAGCUGGAGCUACAGUGCCUACCUGCUGUUUGGCACCGACUACCCCUUCUUCCACGACCCACCAUCUGUCUUCUACGACUGGAUGCCGGGCAUGGCAGUGCCGCGGGACAUCGCAGCUGCCUACCUGCUCCAGGGAAGCUUCUAUGGCCACUCCAUCUAUGCCACGCUGUACAUGGACACCUGGCGCAAGGACUCGGUGGUCAUGCUGCUCCAUCACGUGGUCACUCUCAUCCUCAUCGUCUCCUCCUACGCCUUCCGGUACCACAAUGUGGGCAUCCUUGUGCUCUUCCUGCACGAUAUCAGUGACGUGCAGCUGGAGUUCACCAAGCUCAACAUUUACUUCAAGUCCCGCAGUGGCUCCUACCACCGGCUGCAUGCCCUGGCAGCCGACCUGGGCUGCCUCAGCUUUGGCUUCAGCUGGUUCUGGUUCCGCCUCUACUGGUUCCCGCUCAAGGUCCUGUAUGCCACCUGUCACUGCAGUCUGCGCAUGGUACCUGACAUCCCCUUCUACUUCUUCUUCAAUGCGCUUCUGCUGCUGCUCACCCUCAUGAACCUCUACUGGUUCCUGUACAUCGUGGCGUUUGCAGCCAAGGUGUUGACAGGCCAGGUGCGCGAGCUGAAGGAUCUGCGGGAGUACGAUGUGGCCGAGGCCCAAAGCCUGAAGCCCAGCAAAGCCGAGAAGCCACUGAGGAACGGCCUGGUGAAGGACAAGCGCUUCUGAAUCCCUCGGCCCCGCCCCCGUGGACCCGGCCCCAUCCCGAAUACCCCGGCCACGCCCCCCGUCCUUGGCGCUCCUCCACCCCCUCCAACUCCAC